AUGACCUCGCUGCUAGUAUUAAAGCCCACCACCAUUGCGGUCGGUGUGGUUGUCAUCAGCCUAGUCGCCCGACUCCUCAUGGUCGGGAGACGACCAAAGAACUUGCCCCCGGGCCUCCAACAGUCCCCAUCCUCGGGAACCUCCACCUCAUGCCGAAAAGAGAUCCUCAUGCUCGGCACGCAAACAAUGAUUGUGCUUUCUACCGAUCGGGCGGUCAAGGAUCUUUUGGACAAACGCAGCAACAAGUAUUCCCACCGACAGGAAAUGUACAUUUGCCAUGAGGGAUAUGGAGCGCGUUGGCGAAGCGCCCGGAAACAGAUUCACACGCUUCUCAACGUGUCCGCCGCGAAAUCCUACGUCCCCUACCAACUCCUCGAAAACAAGCAAAUGCUCUACGAAAUCCUCACCAAGCCCGACGAUUUCCUCUUCCACAUCCGCCGCUACUCCAACGCCCUCACCACCACCAUGAUCUACGGCUGGAGGACGCCAAGGCACGACGACAAACGAAUGCAGGAAUUCUUCGAAGAGUUUGCCAAGUUUUCCGAGCUCAACCAGACCGGCGCCGCCGCCACCCUCGACUGUUUCCCCAUCCUCCGACUGCUCCCCGAGUUCAUGUCCAGCACCAAGAGGAAGGCAAAGCAUCUUCAAGCCAAUGUCAGGGCCUUGUACUUGGGACACUGGCUUACGGCGAAAAAGGCAUCCGAGAACAGCUCUCUCAAGCCCUGCUUCUGCGAUGAUCUUGCCACCGUCCAGAAGAAGGAGGAUAUUAGCGAUGCCCAAGCCGCCUUCAUCGCCGGUACCCUUCUCGAAGCCGGAUCCGAUACCACCUCGAGCACGCUCUAUGCCUUUGUCCAGGCGAUGCUCCUCUACCCCGACGUACAACAAAAAGCGUUUGAGGAAAUCGACCGCGAGGUUGGGCCUGACCGCCUGCCGACGAUGGAAGACGAAUUCAACCUGCCCUAUAUUCGCGCCUGCAUCAAGGAGGUCAUUCGAUGGAUGCCCACCACUAUUCUGGGCGCCGUGCCCCACGCGGUGACCGAAGAUGACUGGUAUGAGGGCUACCUCAUCCCCAAGAACGCGGGCGUCAUGAACAACAGCCUUGCCGACGCCGCGGCGAACCCGGACCCCACGAAGCGCGACCAAUUCACCUUUGGCGCGGGCCGCCGCAUCUGUCCCGGAAUCCACGUGGCGGAACGGAGCCUGUUCCUCGGCAUGUCGCGUAUGCUGUGGGCGUUCAAGAUCGAGCCCAAGCUCGACGCGGCGGGUAAGCCGAUCCUACCGGACCCGGACAGGCUUACGCAGGGGUUCGUUUGUUUGCCCGAGCCGUUUGAGGCGACUUUUACGCCGAGGUCGGCAGAGAGGACAGAUAGGGUGCGCACGGAUUGGGCUGAGGCAGAGGCUGAGUGCCUUGAUCCAGAGACGAAGCAGUGGCGCGUGGCGCAGGUCGCGUCUAAGGUGAGAAAGACCUAG